UCUCGCGAGCCUAUGCUUAUCUCCGGCCUUUGUGUUUGAAAAUGUCUUAGUGUGGUCCCCAGCCUCUGGAAGCCUAGGGACCCUGAUGAAAUCGUGAGCUUCGGGUGCUGGAGAUGCAAGAGGACCGUGGAGAUGAUGAGCAAAAGUGAGAUUAGCCGAGAUGGGGCACCAUGAGCACAGUAAAACAAGGGUUCCAGUGGACCUCGCGUUAGAAACGGUGAAUCCAUUGAGUCUACUUAUAGGACCAUGAAUUGCAAAGCUGCUGUAUGACUGAGAAGUCUUAGCCCAGAAAGUGUGUCCAAAACAGAAAAGCUGCUUCAUGGAAUCCCAUUUUAACUUUUCCGUUCCUAUAUAUUCUAGCUUCUUCCGUGGUCUUGUGCAACUCGGAGGCAAGAGAAUGAGGACCAGUUGACAUUCAGCGAUGUGGCCAUUGAUUUCUCUGAAGAUGAGUGGGAAUGCCUGGACCCUCCUCAGCAGGAUCUGUAUAGGGAUGUGAUGUUAGAGAACUACAGAAACCUGGUCUCUGUGGCUCUUUCUCAUCAUUUUUCCCAGAACUUUUCACCAGAACAGAUCCUAAAAUAUUCCUUCAAAAAAGUGACUAAGAGAAGACGUGGAAGUUAUGGCCUCAAGAGUUUGAGAAGUCGGGCAAAUGCAGAUGAGAAUAAAGGUCAAACAGCCUGCCGUGGUGAGUAUAGCCCAUUCGUGAUCACAGGCAAUAGCAAAGAUGUCAUUGACAACAGAGAUCAAGAACAGAAAACGGCUGUGACAAAAACCCGUGCUAGGACAGGUACUUUUGAUGAGCCAUGUCUCUAUAAACAAAAAUAUCCAUGGGAAACUUUUCAAUAUAACUUACCUUUGAAAAGAUGUUUUGAAGAUCUGAAAGCGGGAAAAAUCUUUCACUCAAGCAUUUCCAUAGACAAAGAAUUGAGAGACAGAGAACUGAUCUCUAAAGUUGAUCAAGUAGAGGUUUCCUAUCCUGCACGAUCCUUACUCUUCAGCCAGCAAGUUGAUCUUUCCUAUGGCCAGAUGCACAAUUCUGAUGGUUGUGCACUACUUGCUACAGACCUAUUACUGCAUAGCCAGAAUCCAGAUACAGAUAUUUGGAAAGCCACACACAUGUGUAAAGAAACCAGCAAAGCUUGCAGUAACGGCUCUACACUAAAUGAUUGCAAUGAUAUUGUAGAGAAAUCUGGUCAGUGUGACAAAGUACACAAUAACAUUGACCCUGGCUCAAGUCCCACCAACCAGAACUGUACUCUGUUUCCAAAAAACCUUUUCAAUUGUGAAAAUUUCUUUACCCAGUGCUCAAAGCUUGCCAUUCAGCAGUGUAACUAUAUUCAAGAUAAUCAUCACAAGCAUACAGAUUGUGACACAAUGUUUAAUCAAACUUCAAACCUCAAACCUCAAAAACAUAAAAAUCGGUAUGCCCAGAAGUCCUACAAAUGUAAUGAAUGUGGCAAAGCCUUUAAGUAUUGCUCAAGUUACAGUAAACACAGCAUAAUUCACACAGGAGAAAAACCGUACAAAUGUAAACUAUGUGGGAAAUCCUUUACCCAGUGUGCAAGCCUUAAAAAACAUCAAAGAAUCCACACUGGAGAGAAGCCCUACAGAUGUGGGGAAUGUGGCAGAAGCUUUAACCAUUGCUCAAUUCUUAGUCAGCACCAGAGAAUCCAUACAGGAGAGAAACCCUACAAAUGUAAGCAAUGUGGGAAAUCCUUUACCCAGUGUGCAAGCCUUAGAAAACACCAGGUAAUCCACACUGGAGAGAAGCCCUACAGAUGUGCAGAAUGUGGCAAAGCUUUCACCCAAAGCUCAACACUUAGCGAGCACCAGAGAAUUCAUACUGGAGAGAAACCUUACAAGUGUGAACAAUGUGGAAAGUCCUUUACCCAGUGUUCAAGCCUCAGAAAACACCAGAGAAUCCACACUGGAGAGAAGCCCUACAUCUGUGCAGAAUGUGGCAAAGCCUUUAACUGCCGUUCGUCUUUUACUAAACACAAGAGAAUUCACACAGGAGAGAAACCUUACAAAUGUAGGGAGUGUGGCAAAGCUUUCAUCCAUUGCACAAACCUUACUCAACACCAGAGAAUCCAUACGGGAGAGAAACCAUACAAAUGCAAUGAGUGUGGAAAAUGCUUUAGUCAGUGUUCAAACCUUAGAAAACAUCAAAGAAUUCAUACAUGAGUGAAACAGCAAAUGUAAAAAUGUGGUAAUUCUUUAUCCAUAGUCCAGGGCUUGUUUAAUGUCAUAUAAUUAAAACUGGGUGAGUCCUGCGGAAGCAGUGAGUGUAGCAAAGUCUCCAACUUGUCUGUCAUUCACAAGUUCUUGGUAUCAGAGAAUUCAUUCUUCUGCAGAGAGACCCUACAAAUACAAGCAAUACCAAGACCUCAGAUGUUUAUAAUCCUGUGCUAGGCACCACCAUCACUUUAGAAAGAAACACAAAUGAUAUUUUCUAAUGUGGGAAAAAUCUAAAUUGUUACUCAUCUCUUACUGAACAUUGAAUUCACACCUGAGACAAAAACUGGGAAAUAUUCAGAACCUGGCAACGCCUUUUUAGUUUUUCAACCCUCACGAAACACAAAAACUCACACCUGAGACAAACCCUACAAGUGCAAAAAAAGUGCCAAAGAUUUUUACUAUUUUCCACACCUUAAUACUAGUUUAUAUUAGGAUGAAACACUAUAAACAUACCAAAUGUGUCAAAGCCUUUAAAUCAGGACACAAAGCAUUUUAACAUCAGAGAACACAGUAAAAAUUUCAACUUUGUCCCAAAUGCACAACUCAAAAGAGCAGUGAAACACUUAAUGUUCUGUGCACAUGUAAAAAGUAUAACAAAACCUUUUUAUAUAUGGACUCAUACUGUAAUUGAUAUUGGGGAUCUACAUGUGUGAAUGAUGUAAAACCCUUUGUUGUUACUUCCGAGAUGGUAGAUACUAUUAAUUGAUCUGAUAGAAGAAACCUCAUGGCUCUCAAAGAACUACCAACAUCUCACUUUUCAAAAGAUAUGGCUGUAUUACAUAUUAAAAGUUUCUAAAUAU